AUGGAUAUGGGACUAAAGUUUAAUUUCUUUGCAUAUUGCGGUUUUAAAGGUGUCAAUCCAAGCUCCAUGAAUCUCAAUACCAUUGAGCCACUGACUGGAAUGAAUUAUAAGAAGUGGAAGCAAGACCUUGAGAUUGUUCUUGGGGUGAUGGAUAUGGAUUUGGCACUAAGGAGUGAUGAACCACUGCUGCCCGAUGAAGGAUGCACAUCAAGUCAAAGGUCUAAGCAUGAGAAAUGGCAGAAAGCAAACAGAAUCUCUCUCAUGAUUAUCAGAAGGACCAUGACUGAUGUUGUGCGCGGGGGUUUCCCAGAAACAUCCAAAGCCAAGGAUCUUAUGAAAUCCAUUGAAGAAAAAUACAAGGAGUCCGAGAAGACCGAGACAGGUAACAUGAUGAAUUCUCUCACCACUAUUAGAUAUGAUGGAGUUGAAAGUGUUCGGGAAUAUAUUCUCAAAGUGGUGGACAUUGCUGGAAAAUUGAAGAUGCUUGAGGUACCAAUUUCUGAGACCUUUUUGGUUCAUGUAGUUAUGAAUUCUCUACCUGAAAGUUACACUCAGUUAAAAGUCUCAUAUAAUGCACUGCAAGCUAAGUGGGACAUCAAUGAAUUGAUUUCCAUAUGUGUGGGUGAGGAAGUCAGAAUUAAGAAAGAAAGGGCUGAGAAAGAAAGGCUGAAUCAGUGA